AUGGAGCAACAAGUACGGAAAGCCGAGACCCCAAAAGGCCCGAAGAAGUGGAAAUGUAAAGAAUGUUCCUCGAAUUUUCAGCGAUUAGACCAUAUGAAACGCCAUGCCCUUACUCGUAUGUUUCGAAUGGUACUCGGACGGAAUAUAGUAAUGACUUCCAUAGAUCACACGGUAAAGAGCCACCUUUGUUUGUUUUGCGGCUCUUCAUUCAGCCGAGGGGAUGUGCUACGGAGGCAUUGGAAAUCGUGCAAGGCCCGUGUAGAAAGCGGCCAUACAAUCCCCCAGCCGGAGCGCGGUGGGAAACACAAACGUGCCUGUGAUAGCUGUGCGGGCCUCAGGAAAGCCUGUAAUGAGAAAAUGCCGUGUGCGGAAUGCACCCAAAGAGAAAAGCAGUGCACUUACCGACGCCUUCUCGACGACGAGCUUCACUUGCCAUCUACAUCGCAGGCUUUGCCAGAGAUACCUGACGCCGAGAGUUUAGGUGCGAAUGAUGAUGGCUCUAAGGUUUCUGAGUCAAGUUGGGACCUUGGCCCUGCAACACUUUAUCCACCUCAUAUGAAAAUUAAUGCUCGACGCCAGAAACUUGCUCUUGGCUGA